GAGAGGAGAGGAGAGGAGAGGAGAGGAGAGGAGUCCACCAUGAGGCCUGGGAGCCGGGUCAGGGCUGCCAAAUGCCAGAUGCUGGCCACCAGCUUCUUCGUCUUGCUGCUGGGCUUCUCUGUGGCCACCAUGGAAGUUCUCACUUACUUCGGAGACCACCACUUUGCCAUCAUCAGCCAGGUGUCCUUGGAGAGGAACCCAUAUGACGCUGUACACCGCUGGGCCUUCUAUGUGGGGAUCAGCCUGGCAGGCCUGCUGAUCCUGGGGGCCUCCCUGAGCACCACAGCUGCCGUGAAGGAGGCCCAGGGCCUCAUGGCUGGGGGCUUCCUGUGCUUCGUCAUGGUGUUCUGUGCCCUACUGCAGGUGGCCUAUUGGCGGUUCCGAAACCCCACCCAGGUGGAGGAUGCCAUGUUGGACACCUAUGAUCUUGUGUAUGACCAAGCAGUGAGGAGCCCAUCCAGCCUUCAGUGGCAGGAGCUGGCUGCCAUCCAGGACACAUUUCUGUGCUGUGGGAAGAGAUCUCCUUUUGGACUUGUGGAGAGCCCCGAAGCUGACCUGUGUCAGGGUGAGGAGGCAGCAAGAGAGGACUGCCUGCAGAGCAUCCAAAGCUUCCUGAGGAACCACCAAAGCAUCCUCUCUAUGCUAACCAGUGCCAGCCUGGCCCUCACGGUAUAUUCCAUGCUGCUCAGCUCCUUUCUCUGGUUUGCCAUCCUCUCCGGCUGCAACUUGGACCGCAAAGGCACAUACACGGUGACCCCACGAGCCCAUGGCUGCCAGACCCAGGAGCCCAGCCUCUUCAGAUGUUCCCAGGGAGAGGCCUGUACCUCAACACUUCUCUGAAGCAGAGACUCUUGCUGACCAUUAGAACCCCAGAGAACACUUUGCUGGUCCUCAGUGGCCUGGGGAUUGAUGUUGUGUUCCUGUCUGCCCACAGAGGUGAAGACACCUACCUAGCAGGCAGUGGCCCUGAAGUGACCAAUCCUUAAGGGAGCUAUUCUCCACAUGGUGGGGAACAGAAAGAGGAGAAGACUCAGCAGACACACGGGCUCCCUAUAGAGUAGAUGACAGCCAGUGGGGGGAGGGAGACAGGUUGAAUAGCAGGGCAGCCAGGGCAAACACAGCACUGGUUAGGAUGCUGCCUGAUUACUGUCACCAUCUGGUAUCACCACACUUGUUCUCUGUAUUUUGUAACAAAUAGCACACAUGUGGUGGCUUAGAGCAGCACCCAUUCACCCUGUUAUGGUUUCUGGUCAGAGUCCAGCUCGGUUGGGCAGGCUCUCAGCUCAUGAGGGCAAAAUCAAGGGAAUAGGAGGACUGGGCCUGAUCCAGAGGCUGCUGGAGGAAUCUCUUUCUAGGACCACUCUGGCUGUUGGGAGGAUCCAGUUUCUUGGAGUUGCAGGCCCUGAUGUCACUUGUUAUGUGCUGGCUGCCAGUGAGGGUCUCUUUCUGUUCCUUGAAGUCACCCCAUUCCUCCCUGAGUUCCCUCCACCUUCAGACCAAAGGGGUAGGCUGAAGUGUCUCUGUGGGAGGUUCAGGUUCUCUGACUUCUGCCAGCUGGAAAAGCUCUCUUCUUGUAAGACCCCAUGAAAAGUUCAGGCCCACCCAAAUAAUCUCUCGAUCUGAAGGAGAAUCUUUUAAAUCAUGGUCAAAUACACAUGACCUAACAUUUACCAUCAUAACCCAUUUUUAAGUUCAGGGGAAUUAAGCACAUUCACACUGUUGUACAGCCACCACCACUGUCCGUCUCCAGAACUUUAUCAUUUCCCUCAAAUCCUAAAACUCCCUAGAGGUUCUCAUACGAGUGGAAUCCUGCAGGAUUUGUCCUUCUGUGACUGGCUUGCUUUACUCGGCAUAAUGUCCUCCAGAAUCAUCCAAAUUGUAACAUAUGUCAGAACUUUUGAAAGAGAAAUCUUAUCACAUUUACAAUGGUCUCACAGUCACUUGUUCCAAGAGCUUAGAGCAGGGAUUUAGAAAUCCUGUCUCCCACAGCAUUCUCCCUGGACAGUCAAACCACCUCAAUGAUGAAGUGUCUAGUUCUCUCUGAAUGUUUGCACAAUUUCCUCAAACUCCUAAGAGCUGGGGACACCAUGGUGGCCCGGCCUAGGCUGAGGUCCCAAGACAGUUGACAAGAGCUUCCAUGGAGGGAGAUGGACCCUUCUCCCACCAGACCAAACAAGGGGUGGGAAUUGGGGUUCCCAAACUCAGAACUCUCCUAUUAUGGGCAGCCACAAAGUGACAAAGGCCCACUAUAGCACCCUUGCUUUCCUAUUGACACACACACCCUUCCCUCCACCCCAAAACUUCCCAAAGAAAACUCUCACUUCCUAUAAAACCCACUGCAGCCAAAAAUUGACAGGACUUGUCCCCAAAGGAUGAUGUCCUGAGUCUCAGAUGAUGGAUGUUCCUCCUCUGGUCAUCUCAGUAUUCUGCAAACUAUGGAAUGAAUGUUAAGGAAGCAACAGCAACACAUCCCAUAUGUGGAAAGAGAAGAAAGAAAAUGAAGUGGAAUAAAGUUUAAAAUUUAUACAGCAUAGCACAAAGAGAAAUUCCAACAGAUGCUAUGCUGAGAAUACUCAUCUCUAUAGCUGUCACCAUGACACAGCUGCGUUCAUGACCUGCCUCCUCCACAUGGACUUCAUGUUCCCCAACUCUGCCUUCCACCAAAGCUUAUCACCAAUUUGGUGGGGUCAGGACAGACCCUGGGGCCAACUAAGCCCACCCAUGUUGAGCAGCAGCCUCCCUAUGUCCUCUUGUUAGGGUCACCUCAACAUCACCAAGGGCCCUGUAUGUUCUCUUAACUCAGCGGUGAAGGAGCCCAAAGUCGUCAAGUGCACCCUUAACUCCCCACACCAUGAUAUGACAAUUUUUUUCUCUAAUAGAAACAUUUCUUUGUUGGCUACUAAGCUCUCCAACCUGGGAGAGCAGGAUCCAUCAGGGCCAAGAAGCAAAAUUUUUGAGAAUGACUCAUUAGCUGUAAUCAUAAGGAUUGCUGCCCCUAAUUUCAUCCCUCAGGCCCCCAUCUGUAGGCUCUGGUUUGAGGAAUGGCAUCACUCUCUGGCUGUGGGUAAGAUUGUACUGGUAGAAAACGCCACAACGUUGUGGCAGAACCUCCCACUGUGGUCCUAAAUGAUGCCUAACAAACCAGCCCAGCGUUCCACAGGGUGGCCUCAUUUGAAUAACGGGAUAAAUAUCAACCCCAGUGAAACCUAUGACAGCUCUCCCUGGUCUUAUGUCUGCAAGUGUCAAGCCGAUUCCUUGGCCAGAGACGACAGUGUGUGGUGCCGUGAUUUCUGUGUUCCCCAGGGUUUCAUGUGCUAGAGUUGAAUCCCCAUUGUGAAAGAUGAGGAGGGUGGAAGCUUAAUCUGAUGUGUUGAGAGGUGAGGCCUUUGGGAGGUGAUUAGGAUUAGAGAAGGUCACGGGGUGGAGCCCUGGGGCUGGACUCUGGUGCCUUUAUGAGAACAGGGAGAGAGACCACAUGGAUGCACACUCUUGUCCCGUCUCUCCCCAUGCAGUGGCCUGCACAGCCCCAGAACUCUCCCAGCAAGGAGGCCAUAACCAGAUGUGGCUCCUGGUCCUUGCACCUGCAAAAUAAACCUCUUUUCUUCAGAAGUAUCUUGCUUCAAGUAUUUCAUUAUAGUAAUGAAUCUUCGGCUAAUGGUACUGAGAGCGGAGCCAUUACUACACCGUACCUAGAAAUGUGAAAGUGACUGUGGAACUGGGUGGCUGGCAGAAGGAAGGGUUUGGGGGGCCAGCUUGGAGUGCUGUGUGUAGUCACUAUGGGCAUUCUGAGGAGAGCUCAGAGAAAAUUUAGGAGAUAUGGGAAAAGUUAGUUGGCUUAGAGACUGACUGUGGGGAGAAAUAUGGUGGUAGAAAUGGGGACAGUUAAGGUUUCAAAUGGAAAUGAGGACUCCAUUGGAAAUUGGACGAAAGGCUGCUCUUAAUACAUUGUGGCAAAGACCUUAGGUGCAGUGACCAUGCCCUGAGACUUGGUGGAAGGCUGAGUUCAAGAAUGA